GCUCUUGUUUGAUCUCACUCGUCGGUGACGUGUUUGGACCCGUGCAGCUGCCGAUGACGUCCGUCAGCAUGCUGCGUAAAUACUCCGGCUGCGGCGAACAGAACAUGUUCGACUUUGCCGUUAACAUCCUCACCCUGCGCUACCUGUAUGCCACCGAGCAGCUCACCAAGGAUGCCCUCCUAGAGGACAUGAACUUCCUCAACAUAGUUUACCAGCGGCAGAUGUCUUUCUUCACGGAGGAGGGUGGAUUCUCCAUCUGGAUGGAGGACCUGAAGCCAUCGACUUGGGUGACAGCGUUCACGCUGCGCUACUUGCAUCGCGCGGCGCGCGCAGCUGAGUGGGCCGACCUGAUCUACAUCGACCCGCGGCUGUUUGAGCACUCGAUGGGCUGGCUGCUGCAGCAGAACACCACCGAGGGUUCGUUCAUGCAGACGGCAGGCGUCUACGACCGCAAGCUCAUCGUACGUACACGCAGCAUCGUCGCUGCCUCGAU